GUCUGCGUGCACCCGGAAGUGGUAUCUACGAAGCUAUUUCAAUAUGUUUCUGGGUUCGGUCAGAGUUUUAUAAUAUCUUAAAAUGAUGCAGCUUCACUUUACUAAAGAUGCUUUACCACAUUCUGUCAGCGGAGACUUCAACAACCUUAACAAAUUCAACGAGGAGCAAUUUGUUCGUCUGGUGGAAAUCCUUUUCCAGUUUUUGCUUGAGCCAAAAGCGGCAGAGAAAUUGAUGCAGCGGCUAAGUGACUUUGCAGCUGAAAAUAGAAUGAGUGCAGGCCCACUAAAGAACCUGAUAAAGAGCGUCAUUCUUGUGCCGCAGGGUGCAAUAAAGAAAAACCUGACUGCUGUGCAGCUGAAAGAAGAUUUGCAGACUUUAGGACUUCAUGAGGACAAGGCGGCUCACUUUUCUGAACAGUGGGAAGAGCAUCGUGCAACACUUUGUAGACUGGCUGCGAGGCAAAUGUUGACUGUCAACAGACUGGUGGACAUGGAAUGGAAGUUUGGUGUGACUGUUGGCACGAGCGAGAUCCACAAGAUGAGCAACAUCUUUCUCCAGCUCAAAUUGGUCGUCCAGAAGGGGAAUUCCACAGAAAACCUCUACAUGGAAUUGUCACUCCCCCAGUUUUACAACUUCCUGCAUGAAAUGGAGAGAGCCAAGGCCAGCAUGGACGCAAUUAGUUGAGUGUGUGUUUGUGUAUAUGUGUGUUUAAGUACAGUAAUCUUUCAGUUUUUUUGUAUGUUCAUCUAUAGAAGUGCAUACAAGUUAAUUAAAAAAGAAGUCACCGAUUUUAUUAUGCAGUGUUUUAAUAAGAAAAAGACACUUAAGCUAAUUUGCAAGCAUUAUACUCACAAUUUAUAUUUCUAGUCUUUCAAGUGUUAAAUAUAGCCACCUCCAUCAACACGGGCUGAAUGUGAUGAGAAUUCCUAUUUCUGUGGGUAUCAUUAGCAUAGCAUAGCAUAGCAUUCAGCAAAAAAUCUUUUAAGAUAAAUUAACUACUUGCCUGGCAUUGACAACAAUACAGUGACGUGCGGUCAGGGGAGGCAGGUGAGGCAGAGCCUCACCUGUCAUCAUGACAAAAAAAUAAUUAUAGCAUCAAAUUUAUAUUAAUAUUUGUCCAUUGCUCUUUAUCCAUGACUCAUUUCAAACAUUUUUUAUAGUCAAAAUCGCUGAAUUUACCCAUUUCCUGUUCAAAUAACGAAAUGAAACGAGAGGUGCGGCAGCAACGAGUAAAGCCUCACCUCUGAUUGCGCAAUCCAUAACAAACUGGGUUGAUACAUGGAAUUGGAGCGUGCUGGUUGCCGUACAUCUGCAUGUCGCCAUUAUAAUGUUUCCAGAUACGUUUAUUUGACCUGAUUUUCCACUGUCUGGCUAAUGUCUUUAACCCUUAAAGUUUAAUUUUUGUUAGCGACAUAUUUAGUUUUGCUGAUGGGAAAUAAAACCGCAGUGAAAAGGCACAGCUUGCGGCAGAUAGUACUCUGCCGCACUGAAAGGGGGCGUACGUGAAACUGGACUUUCCGUCAAAAGUGGACGCGAUUAACAACACCAGAGCUAAAAGGUUAGCUUCAAACUACGGGACAGAAGAUAACUCGCGCUUUUCAAACGGACUGGUACACCCGAAAAGACUGGCUAUGUGGCUGUCCUUCGAAAAAAUCGGCUUUGCUGCUUUCCCUGCCUUUUUUUCUCAACUUGUGCCAAUGUCUGGACUAACACGAGAUAUUGUGACAUUAAAAAACUACCACGAAGCCUCAGCAAACACGAGAGCUCGACCACUCACAUUCAAAGCCUGAUUGCUUUAAAAACUUUUGGAAGCUCAAGGAUCGAUUUGGCUUUGACGAACAGCGGAAGCUCAACGGUAGAAUCCAGAACGCUAAGGUAAAGAGUUUGAAAUACCUCAUUAAUGCAACCUGUAUCCUAGCUAAACAUGGAGUUAACAUUUCGUGGUAACGAUGAGCGUGUAGCUCUUCUAAACGUGGAUUAUAUGUAGAACGAUUACAUGGUUUUGCUGAGAAAGAUGAAAGGUUAGCUAGACAUUUGGACACAUCCACUGUGUUUUCUGGCUUGUCAAAUAGAACACAGAACGAUCUAAUUGAAGCAAUCCUCUCCAUUAAGGCGGAGAGAUUUUUUGUUAAAGUAAAGGAAAAUAAGGAGGACUUCUACUAAAAGGGCGUAGGUUUGCAUAGGGACGGUAGAGACAUAACACUACCAACUUUUCAGCAUGCUAAAAUUGUCCCUACCAACUUUUAAGCAACCUUACCUUUUUUGCAUGAUACAAUGUUCAGUUAUAUAGAGAAUUUAGAUCUUUCAAUAGUUCCAUAUGUUGUAAGGAUAGAAUUGACUUUUCAGCAUGCUAAAAUUGUCCCUACCAACUUUUAAGCAACCUUACCUUUUUUGCAUGAUACGAUGUUCAGUUAUAUAGAGAAUUUAGAUCUUUCAAUAGUUCCAUAUGUUGUAAGGAUAGAAUUGACCCUACCAUUAUUAAGUGAAUUAUUUUCACUAUGUUUAUGUUUGCUAAUAAAAACCAGACAUUUAUUCAGGAAGUUUUCAAAAUGUUUUUAUAUUAUUUUUUGAAAACAAAGGUUUGAAUCGAACAGUGUAUCAUCUGAACCAAUGUACGUAAAAGUUAUUAUCAGUAGAUAAGGAUUUAUUUUGCAUUGAUCAUUUUGCCUAUUAAUUAAUUAGGUUCAUAUACAUAAGAAAUGUGGCCCUUUGCCCCCUUCAUCCAAUCUGUUUGGUCUAAUUAAUGUCCCGUCCCCAGCAAAAAGUGUACCUACAUGCAGGUUAUGCUGUUAUAUCGUCCCUACGAAUGUUGAGACCAAACCUAUGCCCUUCCAAAGUAACACCGAUUUUUGUGGUGAAGGACAGGCGCAAGACCACAAACAGUUUUCAUUUCAAUCUUAUUUAAAAAAAAAAAAAAAAAAAAAAAAAAUCUUAGACCAAGAAAAAUACAAUAGAAUAUUUAAAAACUAAUUCUAAUUCUUUGUUUUUCUUUUCACACUUUUUGUUUAGCAAUAUGUAAUAAAUUGAUUAAAGUUUCAGAAUUAAAAGUUUUAAAAACAACUGAAUAUUUCACUAAAGGUCAGAAUUGAAUUCUGUGGUUUUGUACACCAGGGUGUAGAGCAAAUGCAUGUUAUUUUCUUACUUUUACGUAUCGAUAAUAUGUACCGUGUGUGCGUGUUUUGUGAAGAAUGCUGAUGAGAUAUGAAAUAACCAGUAGCCAAUUGAAUAAGCUACCCUUUUUGGUUUAUAUAUUUGGAAAUCUGACACUAAAGGAGUCAGUGCCUCACCAACCAUGAACCUCACCGCACGUCACUGCAACAAUAGACGUUUAGUUCAUUUGAACUGAGGCAGUUAGCUGUGAAAUCUCAUCUUUCAGUGCCAUUGAUAACGCUAGAUGGCCAAUCCAUUUUGGAAGUCUGGAAUUUUCUGGAAGUCUCAAGUAUUAGCUGCUAUCCUCUCCCAGUCACAGUGGAUUGGACCGCUGUUGCCGUCAAUGGCAGCCAAUGAGUUAAUUGAGUUCCUAUAAAGAGUUGAGCAGUUAAAUUAAUACUUGACAAUGACAGUGAAUGUGUUAAUCACUGCUGUUAUUAUGUCUUUACAACAAAAUUAAAUCACAUAGUGUAUGGUGAGUUCUGGGGUUUCUUGUACGCCAAGAAUAAGCAAUGUAGAUUUUGGGCUCCCUUCUGAUCAUGCUACUGCAGAUAUUUAAAAACGUACUUGUGAU